AAGAAAUCAGAUUUUUUCAUCCCUCCAAGCCGGUGGGUGGGGGUGUCGGGAUUGCUUUUAUCCUCUAGUUUAUCCUCUAGUUUACAUCCAGCGUAGGUACGGUACUAGGGGUACCUCCAAAAGCUGGAGAGAGCUGUCCAAAACGCAGCCGAGAUUGAAGUGCAAAGUGCAGCGGAGUGUGGAGCUGGGCUCGGAGCUCGGAGCUCGGAGCUGGGAGCUGGCAGCUGGCGUUGGCCCGCCGCCGCCAGCGGGGGCGCGCGGGGGGGUUUGUAUUAGUAAUUCGGGCCCUCGGCUUGGGGCGGGUAAUUAAUUAUCCUUCUCUUGUUUCUUUAUCCGGGGGGAGCAGGACUUGGUAGCAAGUAUCAACGGAGAAAGGAGAAGGUAGAUGCGAUAAAUGGGAUAUUAAUUAAUUGAGCGGAUAUUUAUUUAUAUAUAUAUAUUAUUAAGUGU